CCCGCCCCCACCUCCGCCCCCGCCCCCCCGCGCCAUGGCGCUGUUCGAGCAGAUGCGGGCCAACGUGGGCAAACUGCUCAAGGGCAUCGACCGAUACAACCCUGAGAACCUGGCCACACUGGAGCGCUAUGUGGAGACGCAGGCCAAGGAGAACGCUUACGACCUGGAGGCCAACCUGGCCGUGCUCAAGCUGUACCAGUUCAAUCCUGCUUUCUUCCAAACCACCGUCACGGCUCAGAUCCUGCUCAAAGCCCUGACUAACCUGCCGCACACGGACUUCACCCUCUGCAAGUGUAUGAUCGACCAGGCUCAUCAAGAAGAGAGGCCGAUCAGGCAGAUCCUCUACCUGGGAGAGCUACUGGAGACCUGCCACUUCCAGGCCUUCUGGCAAGCCCUGGAUGAGAACAUGGAGCUUCUGGAUGGGAUCACGGGGUUUGAAGACUCCGUUAGGAAGUUCAUCUGCCAUGUGGUGGGGAUCACGUACCAGCACAUCGACCGGUGGCUGCUUGCUGAGGUGCUGGGUGACCUCUCGGACAACCAGCUGAAGGUCUGGAUGAGCAAAUAUGGCUGGACAGAAACGGAGUCGGGCAAGAUCUUCAUCUGCAACCAGGAGGAGAGCAUCAAACCCAAGAACAUAGUGGAGAAGAUCGACUUUGACAGUGUCUCCAGCAUCAUGGCUUCCUCCCAGUGAUGGGGCCUCACCGCCCUCCUCGUUGCUCCAUGUGAACUCACUCGGGGGUUCUGUUGUUCGGUUCCCUUUCUAAUGCCAGUGCAACCUCGGCCAAUAAAAGCGCGUCGUUGACCUUG